GCAGCAAGUCAACAACCCCUCCAGGCUCCAACACCGCCGGCCGUCUCGUCGUCUUCAUCUCGCCGGACACGGUGCGGCUCCGACGACCUCCCUCCACGUCGCGUUUUGGCUCGCAGCCUCGCAGGUCGUCUUCUUCAUCGCAACUCCUUGCUCUGUCGGUGCUUCCUCUCCGUCACUGCUUCCUUCCCUUCGCCAAAGUCUGCUUCGCUGUGCUCGAACAGCAAAUGGCAUUGUCGGGAACUAUCCCAAGUAGUCAACUUCGAGAGGAUUAUAAAGAGGCAUUUAUGGGCAAAGUGGAAGUCCUUAGAAAGAUUUAUGUGCCUGUUAAUGAAGAUAAUCUUCAUUGGUAUCUUGUUAUCUUCGACAUGAAUCAGUGUCAAGUAAUUUUGUUGGAUUCCAACCCAGACCCUAAGAAGAAAGCAAGUAAAAUAUUCAGCAUUAAGCAAUUGGCUUUGUACCUUGAAGGGAUGCUUCAACAUGAAUCUUUCUAUGACUUUGAGAGUACAAUUAGGCCUAAGGUGUCUGAGUUUCCCAUUUUGGAAGCUCUCGGAAUAGGAAGACAAAGAAAUGACUCAAAAAAAACACCAUUAUCAAGGCUGCUAAGAAGAACUACAAAAAAAUUGAGGAAAAGAACAAGAAUUUAGUUAAAAAAUAAGAGUAUAUGUUACUUCUGAUUGCAUCAGUUGAAAAAAUUCUAAAUAAAUUAUGUUAACUAUAAAUGAUAUAAAUAAGUUAUUUUGGUGCUAGUACUUUUGU